AGCAUAUGUGUGUUGGCGGUAGUGGUCUGUUGUUUAGGUAUUCUGUGGCCAAAGAUAUUCCUCCCUAUGUUUCAGUCGGCGAUCUCUAUGACCAGCGAUCAUACGGAAAGUACCAGAGAUGAUGUGUCACUCUUACCGCCCAAAGUAAGGGAAGCCAUGAAGUUGUCCCGACCCCAAGAAUUUCAACGACUUGCCGGACGGCCCUUCCAAAGGGAGAGCAAAAUUAAUAUUAACGAUACGCCAAACAAGACAACAACUGGAGGCGUAAUGGGAUUACUUAUGCCUCUCUAUACCAUCGGAAUCAUUGUUUUCUUCAUGUAUACGAUAUUAAGAACUAUAAAGUGCCAUAUGCUGUACCAUAUAGUAUCAAAAGCACUUCAUGUGCUCAUCCGAGAUAUGGAAGAGUUUAAGACAAAGUUAAAUGAAGUGGAGAUCUAUAAAAACCAAACCAAACAAAUGGAUUCAACAGCAGAGGACGCAAAGCUUAUUAUUAACGAAGAGGUCUGACUAUAAUCACAAAUUUUAUUCAAUUAAUUAACUAUUAAUAGUUAUAGUAUUCUUGAGGC